AUGCAUAUCUUAAGAGAUAUCAAGAAUAGAGAGGCUGUUGGGUUUUCUAAACUUGGUAGCAUCCACAAAUUAGAACUUGAAAAAGCAUUGCGUAGUAGCAUCAAAACUGCUUCUGAUAUUGCUAAUGAAUAUAAAGAUCUGCAAGGUAAACAUAAAUUGGAAGCUGAGAUAGGGCGUAAGGAUUCUGAAAUCACUUCUCUUGGAGCUAAAGUAAAUGAGCUAGAAAAAAAAGAAAGAGGUCUAAUAUGCAGAUAUGGGUUAAUUAGCUAUUUUAGGUCUAGAGUAAAAGAAUUGAAAGAUCAGUUAGAACAACAAAUAUUUUUGUCUUUCCACAAACCAAACAUAAUAGGUGAAGCUGAAGCAGAUCUAGACUCAGCUAAAAACUCUUUGGAAAAAGAGUCCUUUUCUCAAGAAACUAAUACUCAUUUAGCAAAACAGAUUUCGGAAGCAUCUAGUAAGUUUAAUGAAGUGAUUGAAGGUGAUAGCAAACCAGAGAAAG